AUGCCUCACGCCAUCCCGCGGGAGCAUUCCUUCACCUUCUACGCCCCCGGCCCUCAGCCAUCCUCCAAGCUGGACACUACCAUGCAGCUUCCAUAUCCAAGGAUGGCCAACGCCUGCGAUCACGACCCCCUCCGCACAGCCUCUCGAGCUCCCCUCACGCCUCCAGAUCUUCCUGGCUCAGCACUACGGGUCGUCUCGCUCCCAACCAACCAGGGCUCCGGCAACCAAUAUGGCUACCAACUACCCGCAAUUGGCAACUCGAGAUCAGCAGCUGCUCCAAGAAGCCCCAGCCCGCAACGGCAGCAACAACAGACGCACGAAACGUCACAAACACCAAAGAAGAAGUGGUCAAUAUCUCCAAAUCUACGCAUCCCACCAACCAUCAACACACCACAAGAAGGCCUUCCUCAACUGGCAGCAGAGAUUACCUGUCUUUUCUGGUUCGAGAGUUCAGCAACCCUGAAACAAGUCGUUGACACAACCUCACCUCGCCAGCCCAUGCAGCCUCUGGUCCCAGAUGCACACCCUACAACUGGCUUCAGGAAAUGGGUAGCCACCAUUCUGACGACAACCCAGGUAGCACAGAAUGUCAUUCUUCUUGCUCUCCUCUUCAUCUACAGGCUGAAGCAGACCAACCCAACUGUCAAGGGAAAGCCCGGCAGCGAAUACCGUCUUCUCACCGUAGCGCUUAUGCUGGGAAACAAGUUUCUCGAUGACAACACGUAUACGAACAAGACAUGGGCCGAAGUAUCAGGCAUCUCAGUACAAGAGGUUCACAUCAUGGAAGUUGAAUUCCUCAGCAACAUGCGCUACAGCCUUUUCACCUCAAAGGAAAAGUGGAACGAGUGGCACGGUAUUCUGGGCAAGUUUGGCACCUUCUUUGACCAGGCCUCCAAGAUACCCGCAUCCGGCGCCGUCAGCCCAGUCGGUCCCCAGAACAUGCUCGGCGUUCCUUCAAACGUGGUCCCCUCGCCGCCCACUCAGCAACAAGCGUCUCCGCAAGCCUCAAUGUACUCCCCGAGCCACAUUGCACUCUCCAAGACACCGCUGUUGCAACCACAGGCUACCUCUACUAACGUUUCUCCGAUUGGUGCUCUUCCGGAGCUGGGUUCGAUCCAACGCAAACGCAGUGCAGACUACACCAACGAACCACCAGCGAAGCGACAGGCUCACGGAUUCGCCCCUGGACCCUACAGCAACGCUCCUCCAAUCCCCACACUACAGACGCCCAUUAACCGAUCGUUUGAACCGCCACCAUCUGUGAACCGCCUGCCGCCUCUGCCGAGCCUCUCGAUCCCUCCACCUCAGCAAGUACCGCCUACCCAAGCAAAGACCUGGUCUGAGCUCCCCUUGCCUGUACCUGGCGGCCGGUCCAUGGCCAUGGUAUACCCACCACCGGUCCAAUGGCCACAGCCCAGUAGCACUCCUACAAGCUCGGCCCCUCCUGCUUUCCCUCACAGCUACACACCCUCUGCCGAGCAGCCUCGUCAGGUGAGCCCAUAUUCACAGUCUGCAGGGUCGUCACCUGUGAGUACGUCGUAUGCUGCAACUGGUUCUCGUCAACUGUCGCCCUCGCACUUUCUCAAUCAGCGACAGUCGCCUUAUCGACCGGUCCGUGGUGUACAUACUCUGCUUGUCCCACCUCCCCAAACAUCGAUCCACAACCCCGCGCGCAAUAUUGCAUACGAUCAAAUGCAGUACCAGCCACUGGGUCGGCCCAUGACUGAUCGUCGGUCGGGCUUGCUGCCCUACAUGGACCGUAGUGCUUGGCCCGAAACGAACCAGUUCAACCAACUCCCCAUCCCCCAACAACCUAUUUUCAGGUAAAUGGGUCAUUACAUCAUCUUCGUGUAUCAACUCUCGACUAGCCUCCUUUCGGCUACAUUUGCAUUGCUUUUUGGUCCGGUGGACACUGAUAUCUGUUGCGUUCAAGCGUGCAUUAUACUACUGGGAGGCUCUUUGUUGGCCAUUUGAUUUGGUCAAAGUUUUUUUUCUUACUGCAUCAUAGCAUUCAUAGGCGUUAUUGGUUGCAUUCUACCAAACCCGUCGUAGCUUGACGGGUUACAGACGAUGAAAUUUUCAUGACUGGCGUUUUACGGCUGGCAACAGUGCUGGGCUGGAUUAUGAUCAUUCAAGGUGGAAUAGCUGCCAUCAAAAAACAGUAGUGUAUUGUCUCCGAUGAGCAGAUAAUUGAAAAAAUUACCUUAGCUCGACGAUCCAAAAUGCCGGGUGACGUGACGAAGCUCAUUUCUUGUGUUUUUCCUAAAUCCUACUUUCCCGUAGUUCAU